AUGACAUCUCAGGACCCGGCUUACACUGAAUCUAUACGCACGUCCGUACAUUCGAAGUUUUCAGAGUCUUGCAAGGUUUACAAAAGCUGCAAGGCGUCAAUAUUGGACCUAGUUCAGAUUGAAAGACAGAAGCUGGAAAGUGCCACACAGCAGAAAAGACCUGAAGCAAAAGUCGUAGAUGAAAGUGGUUACGCCUUAAAAGUUCCUCCUUGUGAUACGGAGUGCUUUAGCGGUGGCUAUGACAAAUGGCCUAGUUUUAGGGAUAUGUUUACGGCCAUUUAUACUAAACAUCCCAAGCUAUCGGCAGCACAGAAACUGUUCCAUCUCAGGGCCAAGACUCGCGGUGAGGCCAAUCAAAUUGUAAAACAAUUUGCGCUCACCGAUAACAAUUUCGACUUAGCAUGGGAGUCCUUACGGCAACGGUAUGAAAACCAUCGUAUUCUUGUCAAUCAUCAACUGAGGAAAAUUUUCGAAAUCGAUAAUGUGACUUCGGAAAGGGGAAAAGCUCUCAGGAAUCUACAAUACACUGUAAAUAACUGCCUUGCGGUCUUAAAAACUUAUAAUAUUUCGGUAAUGUCAUGGGAUCCCUUCCUAGUGUAUUGGGUUUCUUCGAAACUGCCGGAAGAAACUUUAACAGCAUGGGAAAAUUCGAUUCAUGACCACAAGAGGAUGCCAACCUGGUGCCAGUUAGACGAUUUUAUAUCGAAACGGUGGAACAUGUUGGAAUCGAUUUCCGACAUGAGGAAACCUUCCAGUACUUCAUCGACUGCCAAUAGGUCACAGAGUUUCCACACUAAAACUGACGCGACCUACCGUCCGUGCAAAGUAUGUCGCCAAAACCAUGCUUUAAGAGCCUGUCCCAAGUUCAAAUCGUGGUCGCUUAGCGAGAAGCAAAGAUUUGUAACUUCUAAUAAGGUCUGUGAGAACUGUCUCUCUUACGGUCAUAGCGAACAGAACUGUCAAAGCGAAAAUGUUUGUCAAAAAUGUCAUAGAAAACAUCAUACCAUGCUACAUCCAGAAACAAAUGAAGCGCAGAAUCGUAAUGAGAAUACGAGGCCAAUGAACGUAGAGGCUGGCUCCAACCAACGGGUACCUCAAAAUCAGUCAGCAUCCUUCCAUAUAGAUACAUAUUAUGAUGAACAUCCAUCAACGUCGGAGGCCGCAUACCCAGCGCCAUUCAAUGUCCAAUCGCAUUUCCAUGACUCCGGAGAAGGAACUGUCUUGCCUACUGCCUUGGUAGAAAUAGACCAUUUAAAUACACUUUUUACUGUUAGAGCAUUCAUCGAUCAGGGUUCUCAGGAAUCAUUCAUUUCAAAUAGGAUAAUUAAUAGACUAUCGAUUCCUACCAAGAAAUCCUUGACAAGAAUAUCAGGACUAGGAGGAAUUGUUCUUGAGAACUCCUCCAAACUGUGUCAUAUAACAUUGAAGGCACGAACAUCUGAUUUUAGACUGCGCACAUCGGCCAUAGUUGUUUCGGGCUUAAAUCACCUUAUGCCAGGGGUUCCAACACCGGUUUUAGACUGGUCGAGAUUGAACCGCCUGGAACUAGCUGAUCCAACCUUCUUUAAACCUGGGUCCAUAGAUAUGCUAUUAGGUAGCGACGUUUUGCCGUCGAUUAUCAAAUCUGGUGUCCAAAAGAACAUCUCAGGCAACCUAUUGGCACAAAAUACUGAAUUUGGUUGGUUGGUUAGUGGUCCGCUGAAGACUCGUGCGGUUUCAGUUUUCGCUUCCUGGAUAACGUCUCCUGACACGCUGAAUGAGGACAUUCGGAAAUUUUGGGAGAUAGAGGAGGUUCCUGUUUCAAAACCUGUGUCCGAAAUUGAUGCCUGGUGUGAGGAGUUUUACCGGAGAACCACAACUCGCCUGCCAGACGGAAAAUACAUGGUCAGACUGCCAUUUCAACAAGACCUCCCCUCUGAAAUGAUUCUCGGGUCUUCGAGACGCGCCGCAAUGGGACAAUUCCUUAGAAUGGAGAAAACUUUAGCAAAUUCUCAUGCGCUAUCAUCCGAAUAUUCUAAGGUUCUAUUCGAAUAUUUGACUCUAGAACAUAUGGAGCUGGCCCCACCAGUUGAAAUACAUGAGAAUUCUCGAUAUUCCUCCUUUUACUUACCACAUCAUGCUGUAAUAAGACCUGAGAGCGCAUCCACCAAAGUAAGGGUGGUUUUUAACGCUUCCAAAAAAUCUUCCACCGGCGUUUCUCUAAAUGACAUUUUGUGUACCGGCCCGACUCUUCAAAAUGACUUAAUGAAUGUAAUACUACGCUGGCGAUUCUACAAAUAUGUUUUCAAUGGCGACAUCGAAAAGAUGUAUCGCCAAAUUUACAUUCAUGAAGAUGACAGGCCAUUCCAAAAAAUACUGUUUCGAAAAUCGUCCUCUGAGGAAAUUCAGGACUUUUAUCUGAAAACUGUUACAUUUGGUGUAAACUGCGCACCUUAUUUAGCAAUACGAACGUUAUUGCAACUGAGUGAAGAGGGGAAGGCUACGCAUCCAAAAGCUGCAGACAUUCUUCAGCAUCAAAUUUAUGUAGACGAUAUAUUGUCUGGCGGGCACACAGUAACAGAAGCGCGAACCUACAUUUUGGAGCUGAUAGAUUUGUUAAGUUCUGCUGGAUUCCCAUUAAAGAAAAUGACUGCAAAUCACCCUUCGAUACUCCAACAUUUACCCCCCGAGGAUCUUCUAACCGAAGACUUUUUAAAAUUUGAGGAGACCAGCGAAACAAAAACGUUAGGCAUACGAUGGAAUGCCAUGACUGAUCAAUUUUUCUAUAAGAUAACGAAUAUAUCUGUUCCUUCGUCCCCAAUAACCAAGAGGAAAAUCUUGUCAAUUGUUGCAAAGCUUUUCGAUCCAGCAGGCUGGCUGUCUCCAAUCAUUGUAUUGGCUAAAAUUCUAAUGCAGCAACUUUGGAUAGAUGGGACCGAAUGGGAUGAGGAGGUCAAACCGCAUUCUUUAGAAAAAUGGGAUAUAUUCAUAUCUAAUCUCCCCGAGAUAGAAAACUUGAAAAUCCCUCGUUGGAUACGUUACUCUCCUGAGGGCAAGAUUCAAAUGCACGGAUUUUGUGAUGCCUCAGAAAAGGCGUACUGUGCCUGCAUUUACGUUAUAACAACGUCUGCUACUAAUGUUACAACUUCAUUCUUAUUAGCGUCUAAAAGCAAGGUAGCCCCAUUGAAGACAAUCAGUUUGCCAAAGUUAGAGCUUUGCGGGGCAAGAUUAUUAUCCAAAUUGACAAAAUCUGUUUGUCAAAAUUUAAGCUCAACUGUAUCUGAAAUAUAUCUGUGGUCUGAUUCCACAAUUACCUUGGCUUGGUUACAAAAGCCUCCGUUUCAUUGGAAAACAUUUGUAGCCAACAAGGUUUCUGAAAUCUUGGACAACGUUGGUAACGUCAGUUGGAGACAUGUUCCAACUAAUGAAAAUCCGGCCGACAUAGGCACUCGUGGAUGUACCGCAACCAAACUUAAUGAAAAUCAUUUGUGGUGGCAUGGCCCACCUUGGCUAGUAAAAUCGACGGAAUAUUGGCCAAAACAAACCACGUACAAAGAACCAACACUGGAAAGGAAAAUUGUGGUGUGUCAAACACAAGUUCAUGCACAAGAGGUACUAGAACGGUUUUCAUCUUUGGAUCGAGCACUACGAGUCAUUUGUUUUAUGUUUCGAUUUAUUCGAAAAUGUCAGAAACGAUAUGAUGGCCAUAUCCAAGCUAAUUUUAUUACAUCUCAGGAAAUUCAUUUUGCGAAAUACAGACUGAUCCAACUCGCCCAGAUGUCACACUUUCCUGCAGAAUAUCAGGCCGUAGAAUCUCGCCAAGCCAUAAAUUCUAAAAGCAGGCUUUUGACACUGAACCCGUUUUUAGAUGAAGGUGGACUGUUGCGUGUCAACGGCCGCCUAGCGAAUUCGGACCUGAGUUACAAUGAGCGCUUUCCCAUAAUACUGCCUGAAAAUUCGAAAUUUUGUAAACUAUUUAUCGAUUUUACGCACAAAAUCCUAUUACAUGCUGAACACCAAACCAUGCUGCGUAACAUUCGGCAAGAGUUUUAUGUUAUUCGCUUGAAAAGUGCAAUACGACACUGCGUUAGAAACCAAAUAAUGUCUGCCCUACCCGCUGAAAGGUGUACUUUCUCUUUACCUUUUACUCACACGGGAAUCGAUUUUGCUGGACCAUUCGAAUUAAAGACGUCCAAAAUUCGAAACGCCAAACUACAAAAGGGUUAUGCUGCAAUUUUUGUUUGCUUAUCGACGCGUGCUGUUCACUUAGAGGCCUGUUCGGAUUUAUCGACUGAAGCUUUCCUCUCCACUUUUAAUCGCUUUGUAGGAAGAAGGGGUUUUCCUAAAAAGGUUUUUUCCGACAACGGAACUAACUUCAUAGGUGCAAAUAGAACCCUUGUGAGGGAGUUCAAGGAAUUUCUGAAAGCUUCUGAAAAAUCUGUUAUUGAGAAAUAUGGUAUGCACGGGUUUUCUUGGCACUUCAUACCGCCCCACGCUCCACAUAUGGGAGGCUUGUGGGAGGCGGCUGUGAAGAGUAUGAAAACACAUUUUCGAAAGGUUGCCUCGAACAUGAAGUUCACAUUUGAGGAGUUUUCCACCCUUUUAGUGCGAAUUGAGAGUGUACUGAACUCGCGACCACUGUCUCCUAUCAGCGAAGACCCCACUGAUCUUAUUCCACUGACUCCUGGCCACUUAAUUAGAGGGGCCGCUUUGAUGGCCAUACCUGAGGAAUACUCAGAUAAUUUAUCGUUGAUGAAUCGUUGGCAAAGACUGAAAACUUUGCAAAUACUGUUUGCUAAGAGGUGGAAAAAUGAAUAUGUAUCAGAAUUACAAAGAAGAUACAAAUGGAAGACUACUCAGCUUAAUUUGGAAAAAGACGAUUUUGUUGUCGUCAAAGAUGACAAUCUUCCCCCCACGGAGUGGUGUCUGGGAAGAGUAUUAAAAGUUUUCACUGGAAAAGACUCCAAGGUUCGUGUUGCGGAAAUACGCACACAGAAUGGAACACUUAUUCGUCCUUUAGUUAAACUAUGCAUUCUACCCAAAGCCUAGUCGUUAGCCUUAGUAAAACACGUUCACACACUCAAUAAAACUUACAUUCUAGCACAUCAUCUAGCGCACCAAAAUGUCGCAUUUGUAAAAAUCGACAUUACCUUAAAAAUUGCCCAGAGUUCCAGCGCAUGUUCGUGGCCAAAAGACGAGACGUAAUAAGAGAAAAGGGCUUCUGUUACAACUGCCUUGGCACAGCUCACACCCGGAACUGGUGCCCAUCCAGAAGCAAAUGCAUGGUGUGCCAGCUUAACCACCAUACCAUGGUUCACGUGGCUAAAUCACCCAACCCUAAGGCGGCAAGUCAACCCAGGGAAUCAUCCAACACUCACGAGUACCACCGAAGCCGAACUAGCUCCCAUAAACCAUCAUCAUCACGGACCAAAAAACAAUCGAACAAUAGGCAACGAAGUUCACCACAAAACAAGAGAACCAGCAACCAUAAGCCGCACUUUAAAGAACGGUUGAGCCGACGUUCUAGAGUUCAUGUGUUUUUGCCUACGGCUCUAGCUCGUGUUCGAACCUCUGAAGGCCCGGCAAAGGCCAGAUUACUACUGAGUUCAGGCGAAGUUCAGACGGUGAUACUCCAGGCCCUGGUAGACAGAUUGAAUCUUCAAACGAUAAAAAGGGACAGUAAGACUUACUGUACCCUAAAUUUAGAAUCUUACCAUGAUCCGAUGGUAAAAAUUCAAGUAACCGGCCUUGUUCACUCCCGUUUCCAUACAACUCUUCCAACAACUACAACGGCAGCAAAACUUCGUACAAUUUAUGACACCCUGCAUGACUUAGCCGAUCCACACUUCUGCAAUCCAUCAAAUGUCGAAAUUCUGCUGGCCAACGAUAAUUUACCAAAAAUAUUAAGAGCUGGAAUGAUUCAAACGUCCUCAAAUAUGCCGAUAGCUCAAAGCACCAUCUUUGGGUGGAUCAUCUCUGGAGCUUGCCAUUAUUAAAUUGCAUUCCUGCAAGGCGGGCGGCAUGUUGAACCCAGUUCAACAACAAUCUUUGCCGUUCUCCAAAAUCUGCCCCAUUUUAGUCAUAAGAACAUGAAUUAAAUGAAAUUAUUAAAAUAUGAACUUUUUCAUGACCCUUAACAUAAAUACCAAUAUAUGAAUUAAUAUUUGCAAUAUGGCAACCCUAGCCAUGUUAACUAUUGUACUAAAUUUAAACACACAUAGCUGUCUUCUUCUAACUUUAAAUUAUAUUGCUGAAAUACAUUUUUUAAUGUUAA